GAGAGAGGAGACAUACUGGAUAAAGGCUACGACAAAAACCAUGAUGAUAAUGGAGUCGAGGCGGUGGAGGAUGUCGGAUUUACGAGAAAGGACUGUUGAAAUUUGACAGAGGGUCCGUGCUGAAAGCUGCUCUCGAUUUUUUUUCUUUUUUUUUCCUUUUUUGUUUUUUAGUAAAAAAAUAAAUAAUAAAAAAAAAAAUCCCGUUUGAUUCCCACAUGCUGCUUGGACAGUGAAGGCGAGCAGAGGAAGGGGAGCACCCCACGGAUGCCUCGAAAGGUAAAAACGGGGUCCACCGCUGGCGCUACAGGCAACAAGACGCAUCUCAUCUCACGGAUGGUAGAAAAAGGACAUCCUGAAGAGAGCUGUGGACUGAUGGAUGACGAUGAAAAACGGCUUUAACCCUACCCUCCACCCGACCACUGUGAAAUAAAAGAAAAUCCUAUUUUGAUGGGGAGGGGGGGGGGUUUCUGAAUCAUUCAUGGUGUAGCCCCGAGGAAACGAGCCUUAGACAGCAAUGUUGAAUCACUGGUUCUUGGUAAAUUAUUAAUUAAUGGUGUAGGUAGGCUAUGAUUUUGUAUUGCUUCAAUGUAGCAUUUUGCCUCAUUCAUUUUUACAAUGUUUAGUCCUGUCACAUCAUACACAUAUCUGCAGGUUACAUUUGUAUCGUGUGCUUAUGUAGGCCUUUAACAGCCACAUAAGAAGCAGCCAAAGCGGGAGGAAUAUUAGCGCAGGGAAGCUUUGAUAGAGAGAAAACACUGGGCAGUGAGGGUGUGGAGCUGUCUGGGAUUUUUUUUAUUUAUUUUUUUUUAAAAGAUACUUUUUUUUUCUUGUAAGAGUGUAAAGAGGAGGAGGACGGGGGUGGAAAGAAAUAUACAAGGAGAGAAAGAGAGAAAGAGAGAGAGAGAAGAAAAAAAAAGACCAAACAUGUUGCCUUCCCAAGAAGCCUCCAAGAUCUACCAUGACAAUUAUAUGCGCAACUCCCGGGCCAUCGGGGUGCUGUGGGCCAUCUUCACCAUCUGCUUCGCCAUCGUCAACGUGGUGGUGUUCAUCCAGCCCUACUGGAUCGGCGACAGCGUCAACACGCCGCAGGCCGGGUACUUCGGCCUCUUCCACUACUGCGUGGGCACCGGGCCGUCGCCCAGCCGGGAGCUCACCUGCGUGGGCAGCUUCUCCGACUUCAGCUCCAUCCCGUCCGGAGCCUUCAAGGCUGCCUCGGUGUUCGUGCUGCUGUCCAUGGUGCUGAUCCUCAGCUGCAUCGCCUGCAUGGCACUCUUCUUUUUCUGCAACACCUCCACCGUUUACAAGACCUGCGCCUGGAUGCAGCUGCUGUGCGGAGUGUGCCUGGUGCUGGGUUGCAUGAUCUUCCCCGACGGAUGGGACGCCGAGGUGAUCCGGGACAUGUGCGGGGAGCAGACAGGGAAAUACUCCCUAGGCGAUUGCUCUGUACGCUGGGCCUAUAUGCUGGCCAUCAUGGGCAUCCUGGACGCCCUCAUUCUCUCCUUUCUGGCCUUCGUCCUGGGUAACCGGCAGACAGACUUCUAUCUUGACGAUCUGCAGACAGACAACAAAGAUUUUGCUGUGUCAAGGAUUGAGGUGCGGGACAGAAGAGAGCCGAGGUACGGAGUGCAGCGUCUUCACUGAGGGCAACAACAGCACUGGACAACU